AUGGGCAUGGGGGGCUACGCUAAUCUUGAUUUGUUAAGGUUUCUUGUCGUAGUAUUCCUUUCUCUUUCUCUUACCUUCGCAGCAGAAACAAACUCUGUAACGAACAAUAUGUCAUCAACCACAUGUCCCAUGGACCUUAACUAUGUCUUAAGAAUCCCAUGGAACAGAACUCUUUGUCAGAACUUCCACCCUCCUGAUCAAGAUGACAAUACCAACACCACUAGCAAGCCCCCAUGUUGCCAAACUAUACUUUCCCUCUUUGGGGUUGCUCUUGCCCAACAUCUCAAAGAAACCUCUCUUUUUCACCUCUCAAAUUUAGCUACCGCUAAUUCUUGCCUCCAAGAUUACCAGACGAAGCUCAAUUCUUUUUCUCUUGCCAACAAUCUUGUCUCUUACUGCUUUGACCCUUUACAGUUUGUUGCAACGCCUAACAUCUGUGCCCAUAUACAGUCAUCUCAAGAUUGGGUUGCUCAACUUGGUAAGUCAACUGCGCUUGAUACAGCCUGCAGGUCUGAUCUCACUGAUCUUACCGCUUGUGAUGCAUGUGUUAGAGCUGGUUAUUCAGCACAGUCCAUGUUGUUGUCUAUUGAUGGUAAUCAAACUCAUGCUAAAGAUUGUUUUUACUUUGCAAUUCUUUAUGCUGCUGGUCUUGUUAAUGAGUUCGGUCCUGAAAGUGAUGGUGCUGUUUCAUGUAUAUUUGGUUUGGAUUUAAAUUCAAGUGUUGGUUCAGCUAGUAAGGCUCAUUCUGCUCUUGUUUUUGGCUUAACUGGUGCUAGUGUUGCUGUUUUGGUAAUGUUUAGUUUUCUAGGAUUGUAUUUUUGGUAUGAUAAGAAAUGGAAAAGGAAAAAGAAUUCAGGGUUUGGUUUUGAUUUAGAUGAACAAGGGUCUAGGCCUAAGCUGAGGCCGAAUACUGGGUCAAUUUGGUUUAAAAUUGAGGAUCUUGAGAAAGCAACAGAUAAUUUUUCGCAGAAGAAUUUUAUAGGGAGAGGUGGGUUUGGUUUUGUUUACAAGGGGACUUUAUCUGAUGGGACAGUGGUGGCUGUUAAAAGGGUCAUAGAAUCAGAUUUUCAGGGUGCUGCAGAAUUUUGCAAUGAGGUUGAGAUUAUUAGCAACCUGAAGCACCGGAAUUUGGUGCCACUCAGAGGGUGUUGUGUGAUUGAUGGUGAUGGAAGUUAUGAUGAGAGAGGGAAUCAAAGGUAUCUGGUUUAUGAUUACAUGUCAAAUGGGAAUCUUGAUGACCAUUUAUUUCCAGCAUCAGAUAAUCAAAUUGGGAAGCAACCUUUAAGCUGGCCUCAAAGGAAGAGCGUAAUCUUAGAUGUGGCGAAGGGAUUAGCUUAUUUACACUAUGGAGUGAAGCCUGGAAUAUAUCAUAGAGAUAUCAAGGGGACAAAUAUAUUGUUAGAUGCUGAUAUGAGAGCAAGAGUUGCUGAUUUUGGGUUGGCAAAACAGAGUAGGGAAGGGCAAUCUCAUCUUACUACAAGAGUGGCUGGAACUCAUGGGUACUUAGCACCUGAAUAUGCUCUUUAUGGUCAGUUGACUGAGAAGAGCGAUGUUUAUAGCUUUGGGGUGGUUGUUUUGGAGAUAAUGUGCGGGAGAAAAGCUCUUGAUCUGUCUUCGGCGGGGUCACCUCGUGCUUUUUUGAUCACCGAUUGGGCCUGGUCAUUGGUGAAAGCUGGAGAAGUGGAAAAGGCUUUGGAUGCUUCGUUGGUGAGAGAUGGAGAUUCUUCAAAAUCAAAUCCAAAGGGGAUAAUGGAAAGGUUUGUGCUGGUUGGAAUUUUGUGUGCUCAUGUAAUGGUGGCUCUAAGGCCAACCAUUCUGGACGCGUUGAAAAUGUUAGAAGGAGAUAUUGAAGUUCCACCAAUUCCAGAUCGACCAAUGCCUCUCGGGCAUCCUUCAUUCCAUGCUGAUGGCAAUACUUUCAGCAUCUCACCAGCAUUGAGUGGACCAAAAUUACAUUCUGGAGACAUGCUUAGAAAGCUUGAAGAUGUCAAGUAUUUCCUUGUCAUUCUUAACAAAAAUCAUAAGAAAGUUGAAAACUUAUCAAUCUGUGCCACUCUCAAAGGACCAGAUUUUAGAGGGGUCCUGAAUUUUGAGGAGCUGAUUUUUGAAGGUAGAAUGAAACUGCUUCAAUCGUUACUGGCACUUCCAUCAAAUCUGAAUUUCGUUGGUGCACAAGCUCGGACUUCAUUGGAAACAUUUCCUGAAAAAGUUAAACUCAUGCUGCUUGCAAUCUCCAGAAUAGAUUCUUCUGAUAGCUUUGAGUUGGAUGAGAAUGAAGGCCAUAACAGGAGUGCAGGGCAUAAACAAGAUUUGGUGGAGUGGGACAGAAUCCUAUGGAAGAGGCAACUGAUUAUGUUAAGCCAUGAUGAAUCCUAUGAUGAUGAUGUGGCAGAAUCUAUUGCUGCUUCUGCUGAGUCUUCUUGUAUUUUGAUCUCGUUGUCCGUAACGGGAGCUGUCACAUGGUCAUACUACGAUAUAUGUUACGUUGUCGAUAACCAUCCCAACGUACACUUUUCUGCUAUAGGAUGGAAGCAAAGUGGAGUUUGUGGUAAAGAGCUGAGUAAAUCAAUGUCUGAGCUUCUUCAUCACCUAAUUUCUGCCCUAGUUGCCUCUCCACUUUCUUGA